AGAUGGAGAAAGUAAGAGGUUCACUCAUUACACUUAUGUGUGUUUUGCUUUGUGAACAUCAGAGAAUCUUUGCAACUGAAGUGAAGAUCAGAGUUAAACCAGGAGACAAUGUCACUCUCUUUUGCGAUUGUGUCAUACCUCUCGGCUCUCAGAUUUAUUGGAUUAGAAACAACUCGUAUGAAAAUCAGUCAUCCCUAUCAAUAAAUGCUCCAGACUUGUUCACAGGAAACUUUCAACGUUUUAGCUUUGUGCCAAACAGCUGCAGUAACUCUUAUGAUCUACAUAUUGAGAACAUCAGUGUAUUUGAUGAGGGAAUCUAUUACUGUGCAAAAGUAAAAAUAAAAUUAGGUGAUAAUAAAAAGAGCCAUCUAGACUACUGGGAAUACCAGUAUGGAAAAUGGAGAACUCAUCUUUCUGUCUUAGAUCCAGAUCCUCCUGCUCCUGAAGUUUCUGAAUUACACUUUAAGUACUGGAUGAUGUUGAUCAGUUUGUGUUCUGUUUGUGUUCUCCUCUCCUCAAUCCUCUCCGGUGCUUGUGUUUACUGCCUCUGUCAUCCUCAAACUACAGGCUCUGAGCUCAAUGCAGAAAUACUCAAAGCAAAUGUUUUUAAGAUGGAUCAUACAAAGAAACAUCAGUGUGUGAUAUGUAAGACUGGAAAGUUCUGCGUUCACACUGAAGUGUCUUAUAGUUUACUAACAUCUGCAGAUCAUCACUAUGCCUUGAUGUGAUUCUCCCUUCUUAGUU